AUGGACACCGAAGUCCACGAGAAGCGAAUAGACAAUAGUACGGCGAUUACGAGUGAGGCCACGCCCCCGUCAAAGGGAAUUAGCCUCCACGUAACAGUGCACAUUGCGCCUGAGAACGUCGAAAGAUUUUUAGUUGCAUUUAAAGCUAUCUUCGACGUUGUAGCUGCCGAGCCCGAAUGCCUUUUCUUCGAAGUUUAUAAGUCCGUGGAAGAGCCUGGGAAGUUAACCUGGAUCGAAAACUGGUCAAAAGAUAUACAAUGGUUCCUAGAGCACCAAAUGACCAAACCGUACUACAAAGAGUACUUGGAGUUUACCGAGCCCAUGUUUCUUAAGCCUCGGGAAGCUCAGAUUUUGGAGCCACUAGGACCCGAACUGUCUAUGAUUAAGGGAGGCCGAUUGGGGCUUUGA